GCGGAAGCGGGCCGGCGUCACUUCCGGCCGGAGCAUGAGCUGCCAGCGGGGGAACGUGGCGCGCACGAGGCCGCAGCGCCACCAGAACGCGCAGGCCUUCCGCAACGACAGGCACGACGCCAGCGCCCGGCGCAAGGUAGGCGCCCCGCGACGCCGAAUGGGCCUGGCGCCAGGUCGCCCCCUUUCUCUCCCUGCCUCCGGCCCUCCAGGUGGUCCAAGGAACACUGACCAGACGGGCAGAAGCUGAAGCCACCAGCAGCCCGAGGGCCAGAGCCCCCCCCCCCCCCCCCCCGAAGCUGAGUUGAGAAAGUGUGACUGGAGGUGUGCGGUAGGAAGAGCGGCUAAUAAUUGUCUGACAUUAAUAAUGACUUAUUUAUACCCCGCCCCCCUGGCUGGGUUUCCCAGCCGCUCUGGGCAGAUUCCAACAAACUAUUUAAAAUGCACUGUAAUCCAGGCCUGUCCAUGUUUGGGUUCAAUGGAACUGGCUUCCAAGUGUGUGACCACAGAACUGCAGCCCCAGGUUGCUGUUCCUGUUCUGCAUGGCUUAAUUGGACUGAUCUCUCUAGUCAGGCAGGACCCACAAUGCAUAGAAAGCAGCAUCUUUCAAGUGUAAUUUAAAUACUCAUCACUGUAACCAUCCCUUAUGAAGUGUUGGCUGGCUGAAGUUACUACUGCGACGGAGUUUAAGGUAGAAGUUCUUGUUUGGGUGUGGACUAGGGAAUGUUGAACCUUACCAAUUUUAUUUUGAAAACAAGGAGGAUUUUUUAAACAAGCAGAGUUCUGAGUUUGUUUACAUGCUUAAACAAAACUAGCUUGCAAUGGUAAUAAAUACAAUGUAAAUUAAUAACGGCAGAACAAAUAAAAGCCAGUAGCAGCCUAGAAAAAUAAUCAGAUGCUGAAAAGUCUAGGUAAAUCAAGUUUCUACCUGCACUGGAAGAGCAUCUGUUUUGAUGCCAGGUGAGCCUUAAUGGGGAAGGCAGCAUAUAAGCAAGGUGCCAGAAAUGAGAAAGCCCUCUCUGGUUAAAUUCAUGUCAGGCCCUCUACCUUGCUUCUCCCAAUAUGCCACCUAUGGGUGGAUGAGUUUCAAUAGGGACUGCAGUACAGGCCCAAAUUCCUGGGUUUAAUUUCAUUCCUACUGUCUCUGGUACCUGAGUUUCCCAGUUGGCAGAAUCGGAGUAACCAGUUACAGGCACAAGAAGCUGCUAUGCAAGUGAUAUAAUAUCAUGUGAUAUUUCAUGAACGUCUGUCUCAAGCUCUUUUUAUUUACCAUUUUUCUCAACUAAAUAGCCUCAAAUACUCAUUGAGCAAUGAACUUCAGGAUACUGUAAGAUGAUAACAAUGCAAAUAUUUUAAGCUUCUUUUCUGAGCAAACAAUUUCCCCAAGCAAUUAUUCCCCAAGUAAUAAAAACAAUUGAUAGAAACACUAUAAUAUUUAAAACACACCAAAUUCAGAACACUAGACAUUAAAAAACCUUACCCAAUGAAUGGGCAUCAUGCCUGGAAAACCAGUUGAAGAAAAUUUUUCAGGGCCUUCCGAAAAGCUUGCAGCAAAGAGAUUGGGUGCAGGUCCAGUGGAAGGGAAUUCCACAGCGGUGGAAACACCAUACAGAAAGAUCUCUCCGUCAUGGCCACACAACUUUCUGAUGUAAUGGGUGGGCACACAAAGAGAACCUCCAAAGCAGAGCUUAAGGUACAAGCAGGGCGGUAUGGGUGUACUGUUGAAUAAAUAGCUUUGUUGUCAUCUGAAUUCUCUUUUCUUUGUGUGUGCCUGAUGUGUAUGGUGGUCAAUAUGACUGAUCCUUCUGUUGUGAUUAUAUUUGUUUGAUAGUGUGACCUGUUGGCAUUUACUGGUACUUUGAAAUAUAUGUCCUUGGAAAUGUAGCCUAAGGGCUUUAACUGUUCGUAUUAAUACCAGUGCUUUCAAUAAGAUUUAGAAUUGCCUAAGCCUGCAAACAUUAAAUGAGUAAUAUUUUUAUUUAACAGUUUUAAUAGUACUUUUUACUAUAGAACUGUUGUUUCUACAAUUGCAUGAGGGCAGCUUCCCAAUAAUUUCUACAUUCAUGUUGAAGAUAUGUAGAGAGUCUUUAUAAAUGGUGGAUAUUCUACUUUCUGACAUUUGCUGCUCUGGAAAUGUGUUAGUCUGUUGCUGAUUCCACCCUCUGAAGUUAUUUACUUAUUGGGCAACCAUGUUUUUGACCAUGAAUAGAUGCAGUUGUAGGGGUGUUCUUGUAUUAUGACAUUCCAUGCGGGAUAGUGUUAUGUCAUUGGUCUAUAGCUGCAUACCUUAAUGGCAGGGCUUGAAAGAGAAAUAUUUGUACACUGCAGGCAGUAGUCCAGUUUGAUCACACACCUAAACCACAUUGCUACGGGAAAGGUCAGUUUCAGGCAUUGGCAUUUAACGAGAAAGGUGGAGUGUUUUAGCCGGUGGUGAAAAUAAAAAUUGGGAUAGAGGAGAGGAAGAGGAGGUCCUGUUUGUGCAGGUGUAACACCUGGUGCUAAUGGGCACCUUUGUUGGAUGCAAUCCAAUCUACAUAUCGCAAAUAAAGAAGAAAGAACACCAUUGAUAUUUAACUAAAGUUGAAACACGGGGUGUGUGGGUGUGCGCGCAUGCGUGCGCAAAGGCCACAGAUGGAGCAGAUUUUAAAACAUGUUAAAAGUAUUUUUCAUUUAUUUCUGCAGAGCAUAAAGCUCUGAACAAUUCCAUGGGGGGGCUUUAUAUAACUAGUAUAGUAUAAAUAAAAAUAAAAAAGUAAAAAAAGUAUAGACUAAGUUUGUUCUGGUAUAAGCUUUCCUGUGCAUGCAAAGCUUAUACCAGAACAAAAUUAGUUGGUCUAUAAGGUAAAGGGACCCCUGACCAUUAGGUCCAGUCGUGGCCAACUCUGGGGUUGCAGCGCUCAUCUCACUUUAUUGGCCGAGGGAGCCGGCGUACAGCUUCCAGGUCAUGUGGCCAGCAGGACUAAGCCGCUUCUGGCGAACCAGAGCAGCGCACAGAAACGCCGUUUACCUUCCCAUUGGAGCAGUACCUAUUUAACUACUUGCACUUGCUUUUGAACUGCUAGGUUGGCAGGAGCAGGGACUGAGCAAUGGGAGCUCACCCCGUCGCGGGGAUUCGAACUGCCGACCUUCUGAUCGGCAAGUCCUAGGCUCUGUGGUUUAACCCAAAGCGCCACCCAUGUCCCUGGUCUAUAAGGUGCUACUAGACAAUUUAAAAAUUUUUAUUUCGACUGUGUCAGACCAACACGGCUACGUACUGAAUCUAGUAUAGCAUAGGGAGACUAAAGCAUUUCAAAUGGCUGUCUUCUCUUUUACCAUCACUUAACCAUAUAAAUUCUGUAAAUUUGGGCAUCACCACUGCUACUCUUUCAUUGGGUAUUAAUUGGUAUAUGCCAGGGAUCAGCAAACUUUUCUACCAGCAGGCCAGCUUACUGUCCCUCAAGUCUUCUGGCGGGCCGGACCACACACGCAUGCAUGUGCACACACACGGACGGAGGGGGGCUGCUCUCUCCCCCCCAGUCCCUCCUCCUGCUUUCGUACCUCCUCCAGCAGUGGUUGGGAGCCGACGAUGGUGGUGGUGCCUCUUGUUUCUGGGAGAGCUUUCCCAGGCACCUGGCGUGGGGUCAGCAGGCGUUCCAAGCUCCGGCCGAAUCCCCGCAACACACCCACCAGCCUCUCUGCCCAUGGCCGCGAUGCUGGCCAAUCUGAAGCCUUGCCGCCCACGCGCUGAGGAAACCCGGCGCAGCUUCGGAUUGGCCACCGUCGCCACCUGCCCAGAGGCAUCUGUGGCUUUGAAUUGGCUGUGGGAACUUCCUGGAGCCAAUCCGAAGCUGCCUGUGUGCCUGUCGCGGACGUUAGUCCCCGUGCAGUGAGGCGUCGCUGCGCAAUGCCAAUUUAGUGUGGGGACUGACCAGGUGGGCAGCAGGGUCCUCAGGCUGUAUUAAAGAGCCCCUCGGACCUUGUCCAGCCCACGGACCUUAGUUUGCUGACCCCUGGUAUAAGCCAUUUGGUUGUAAUUAAUUUUUAUUUAUUUUUGCUUCUGUUUUUAAUUUUCCAACUAAAAUAUAAUAUUGCGCCUGUACUUCACUAUUCGAAUAAUCCAAAAGAACAUAUAAUGGAUUUGUGUUACAGUGGUGAGAGGGGACAUGUUAAAAUAUAUGAAUACAACCAAGUUCUCUUUUCUGUGUAUGCCUCAGUUUCUUGCUAUGAUUCCAUGACUGAUAGAGCACCAGUGCACAAUAUCUUAGUGUUUCCUCUUUUAGUACACUCCCCUUUUGAAUUUGAGUUUUAAUGCUUUACACCUGGCUUUCUUGAAAGCAAAAAUGUAGCCAUGAGGCAAGUUUAAGACUUACUCUGAACUAUAGUAUUACAGUGGUGCCUCGCAAGACAAAAUUAAUCCGUUCCACAAGUCUCUUCGUCUUGCGAAGCACGGCUAUUAGCGGCUUAGCGGCUAUUAACGGCUUAGCGGCUUUAAGAAAAAGGAAACAAACUCGCAAGACAUUUCGUCUUGCGAAGCAAGCCCGUAGGGAAAUUCGUCUUGUGGAAUGACUCAAAAAACGGAAAACUCUUUCGUCUAGUGAGUUUUUCGUCUUGCGAGGCAUUCGUCUUGCGGGGCACCACUGUACUUUAAAAAAAAGAACAAGGCAGUUUUCUGUUUGUAUUUAGAAACUGAGAUGUUCUAUUGCAGAUGUCAUCAGGUAAGAAACCGCUUUUGUCAUAUGACUUACUGUAUGCUUAAUAAGCAUGUGUCUUAUCAUGUGCACAUAUCUUACCUACCAAUCCUUUACAGUUCUUGUUUAUCCUGCAGUUGAGCUCUGCUGAGACUUGAGUCACUUUCACUUUUCAGCACUACUGCACAAAGCAGGGCAUGAGAACAGUAUAGCAGGCAGGCUCUUCAGUGGCCCUGGCUGCAUCUGCUCAGGAACAUCUUUCAUUCCAGGCUUGACAUGCUGGCACCAAACUUGAAGUACAAGAGAAAUGGCCCAAAUAAGGAGGAUUGUGGCAUAGAAGAAGCUAUGCCGACUUCAUAUUAUGUGAUUAGAGCAGGUGUUUGGCAUGCCUCCAUAUCCAUCACUACUUCUGUGCAGAUAGACUGGGUUUGGUCUUUGCUGGGCACAUGCAUGGCAUGGGGGGGGGAGAAUCAAGUGCUUCUAAAAUAGCCCCAUUCAGGUGUUCAGUACUUUUUGUCUUCAUCCUUACCUUUGCACCUGACUUUAGAAUUUUGGUUCUACUUUUCUGAAAGCUGCAUUGGCUUACAAGAGCAUUGUGACUUCUUCAGAGGUUAUGCUGGUGGCUACUGGAGAAAGCACCUUUUCUGUGGUGUUUCCCAAAUUGUAGGACACCCUCCCUAGACAUACCCACCUAGUACUAUCUUUGUCAUCCUUUAGGUACUAGGCAUUGUCUGCCUUGGUCACACAUGCAUGUAAAAGGGAAAGGGGUUGGCCACAUGCAGGGCAAGAUGUGGUGUGAAUGCAGCGAGUAGGGGUGGCAGCCCCUAGUAUGGGAUAUGAAUAUAGCAGUAAGUAAGUAAGGUAAUAUAAGGAACACAGCAGGGUUAACAUAAGAAAAAGGAUUAUGUAUGACAUUCAAGUCAAUUGCAAGAUAUACCAAGUUUGUGAUGAUACUUGUCUGAAAAGUGUAUUACAGUAUUCGCUGUGUGUGAAAUAAAAGAAGGCCAUUCCACAGUGUGGUACCGUUUGAAAGGGUUUCAGAUGGUACACUCUGUAAUUUUUCCUAGUUUUUAGCUAAAGAAAACAAUUCAAGGAUAAAAUAGUAUUAUUAAAACUACCCCCAGUGUUACACCAGGAAGACAAGUCUCUCAAAGGGGAAAACACUGCCCUAGAGUCUAGAGAUUGUAGUCCUUGUCUGAAAUGAUGUGUGAUCUUCAAAUAUAUAUUCUUUCUCAGAUUUGUAGUGUUAACUGCAAUAAAUCUGUACAUUUUCAUCCAUCUUCCUGUCUUUGUGUCUCUGUGUGUGGUUUUUUUAAAAAAAAUAAAGUGGAGGGUGAAGUUCUACUCUUCCUAUAAUUUACAAAUAUAACGAUUUAGAAUAGCCUUAGCAUAAACAGAAGAGCUACAGAAAGAAAAACAUACACUGAUUUUUAAAAAGAAAAUUAAACAUACUUCCUUAUUAAUGUAAAGCAAUGCAUGUAUCCAGUGUGUGUGUGUGUGUGUGUGUGUGUGUGUGAGAGAGAGAGAGAGAGAGAGAGAGAGAGAGAAGUCUAGAGUAGGAAGCAUAGGUCAAACAGGAAGUGGGUGUUGUGCCUCGGUUUCAUAAUUACAAUAUUUCAUGCUUCAUUACCAUUAAAAUAAUUAUCCUUUUGCUUUAUCAUAGAUUCCUGUUUGACAAGCUAUAGGUAAUGAAUGACUUUACGUAGCCCUUGGGAAAUGUCUGCACUCCUCUUAGAGCUGCUCAGACAGAGCACUUCUGGCCAUGCCUGCUUGCAUUCCAAGUACAUUAACAUUUCUGGGCUGCCUUUAUCGUUGAAACAUUUCCCUUUCCAGUUGUGAUGUCAUACUCCCUUAAUGGAAUAGCAAAUUUGGAAGGAAAGCUCUCCCCCCUCCCCCCUCAAAAAGGACAUUGCUUAGCAACAUCAAGUUUUCUUUCAGUGCUGAAGCCUAGAACAGUUUUGAAGUUUGCCUGGUGCCUCCCCAAACUAUUAAAAUGGUUAAAGAUGCCAGAAUGCUCUCAGGAAUACAAAAUACGGUAUCUUUUCAUUUGUUUGCUUUUGCAUACUAAUGAAUACAAACCAGAAAUGUGAGGAAGAGUAAGUAGAAGGUAGCUGUGAAUUUUAAAACUAUUUCUCAUAGUGUUCUGCUUACAUGUCUAUUCAGAAGACUGGCAAUCUUGUUAAAACCGGGGAAUUUAUGACUUGUCCUGCUGUCUUUAACAUAUGCCCUACAAAAGGGGAUAUGCAUCUUUUAAAAAAAGAAUGAAGCUUACUAAUAUCUGUAGUUGAAACACCUUCCACAACCUUGAAGAUGAUGAUUUUAUUACUAGAAGAAGAAGAAGAAGAAGAAGAAGAAGAAGAAAAUUUAUUUAUACCCUGCCCUCCCCAGCUCAGGGCAGCUAACAAGCAAUAAUAAAAACAAGUGGAAUGAAUACAACUUAAAAAGAAGAUUAAACACAACAUUGAAACAUUAAAAUGCAGCCUCAUCACAGGAGGAGAAAGGAAAAAGGAAAGAGGGGGAGGGAAUCAAUUGACUCCAAGCCAAAGGCCAGGUGGAACAACUCUGUCUUACAGGCCCUGCAGAAAGAAAUCAGAUCCCGCAGGGCCCUGGUCUCAUGAGACAGAGCGUUCCACCAGGCAGGAGCCAGUGUUGAGAAGGCCCUGGCUCUGGUUGAAGCUAAUCUAACUUCUUUAGGGCCCAGGACCACUAGGGUGUUGCUAUUUAUGGACCUUGAGGCUCUCCGUGGGGCAGACCGGGAGAGGCGGUUCCGUAGGUACGAGGGUCCUAGGCCGUGAAGGGCUUUAAAGGUCAAAAGCAGCACCUUAAAUCUGACCCUGUAGUCCACCGGGAGUCAGUGCAGCUGGAAAAUGCCAUCCAUCUAGUAAAUGGAAGUUGAAACCAUAUGAGGAAGUCAAAGAAUAUGUAAACGAUUGGCUACACUAUCGUCAGGUUAAUGAAAUGUUUAAACAGGAUUUUAAAGUAAAAGGAUUUGAUGAAAAUAAAUCAAAGUUUGAAGUUGAGAUAUUAAGUAAUAAAUAUAAAACUUUGUCUAAAAUGUAUAAAUUGCUGCUUGAUUGGCAUUUGAAGGAUGAGGAGGUAAAGUCUGUUAUGAUUCAUUGGGCUAAAUAUAUUGGGUAUAAUAUACAGCUGAACGAUUGGGAAAAAUUAUGGAAGGAAGGUUUAAAAUUUUCUGCAUGCAAUGCUUUAAAAGAAAAUGUGAUGAAAAUGAUGUAUAGAUGGUAUAUUACACCUCUAAAUUGGCUAAAAUGUAUAAGGUAAGCAAUAAAUGUUGGAAAUGUAAAGAAAAAGAAGGAACAUUUUAUCAUAUGUGGUGGGAAUGUAAAAAAGUGAAAAACUUCUGGGAAAUGAUAUAUAAUGAGAUGAAAAAAAUGUUGAAAUAUACAUUUAUUAAGAAACCAGAAGCAAAUUUACUGGGCAUUGUAGGAGAUGAUAUAAAUAGAAAAGACUGUAAGCUGUUUUUAUAUGCAAUGACGGCAGCAAGAAUAUUGUUAACACAAAAAUGGAAGCAAGAAGAAUUACCGACGAAAGAAGAUUGGAGGAUGAAAUUGAUGGAGUAUGCAGAAUUAGACAAAUUAACAAGAAGAAUUCGAAACCAGCAGGACCAGAGAUUCACAGAAGAUUGGUGUAAAUUUACGGACUAUUUGAAAAGUAAUUGUGAUGAUCAUAUUACAUUUGCAGGUUUGCAAGAAGUUUUGUGAGGUGAAUAAUCUGAAUUAUUGCAUAAUUGGACAAAAAGGAAGAUGUUAGUCAAGAUAAUUAAAGGCAAUAUGAAUAUAAAGAAAUGCAGAAGAAAUAAUAAAAAUGGGGGAUCAUCAGAGGUGUUGAUGGAAGUCCAAAAAGAUUGUAUAAGAUGUGAAAUUUUGUGGUAUGUACGAUAAUAUGCUUAAAAAAGGAAAAUGCCACCCAUCUGACUGGGUUUCCACAGCCACACUGGGUGGCUCACAGCAUAUAGCAGGAUGUCAGGGAAGAGUUAGAAGUUUCCAGUUUCUCAGAGGGAGAAAGCAUUCCCCAAGGGGGGAGGAGAGCAGUGAAUCUAAUAGAAGGGAGCAAGAGGAACAACAGGGAGGGAAUGGCUGUUCCCAGGAAAGGCAAGGGUUCACUUCUAGCUCAGAUUGGGAGGAGGGGAGAUACAGGCCAGCUCUAGCCAGGAGGGUAGGAAAAAGAGCAGGAAAGCGAAGGGAAAGGCGCCUUCGCCAUUUUGAGGGUGGCUGGUCAUGGAGAAGCAGAGCUCAGAAGGUAUCUGAAAGAAGUGACUCUGAGGAAUAAUAGUUAAGAACCGUUUAUAAGAUUGUUUUGUUAAUACGCAAUAAAAAGUUUUAUAAAAGAACAAGAAGCGUUUGUGUGGUGAUCUGAAGAGGACAACGACCAGGCCUGACACAGAACAUACUAAAACAUCAAACAUGAAAAGCUUCCUGAUACAGGGCUGCCUUCAGAUGUCUUCUAAAAGUCAGAUAGUUGUUUAUUUCCUUGACAUCUGAAGGGAGGGUGUUCCAUAGGGACAACAACAACAACAGCAACAAAUUAUUAUUUAUACCUCAUCCAUCUGGUUGGUUCCCUAUGACCUCACUUCUUGCAGCGAGGGAACUACCAGAAGACCCUCGGCUCUGGAUCUCAAUGUCUGGGUGGGACAAUGGGGGUGGAGACGCUCCUUCAGGUCUACUGGACCGAGGCCGUUUAGGGCUUUCAAGGUCAGCACCAACACUUUGAAUUGCGCUCGGAAAUGUGCUGGGAGCCAGUGAAGAUCUUUUAGGACUGGUGUUCUAUGGUCCUGGUAGGUGCUCCCAGUCACCAGUUCUGGAUUAGUUGUAGUUUCAAAGUCACCAUUGAAGUACUUUAUAUUGGAGCACCUUGGUUGGAAUGCUGCAGAGAAGUGGAAGAUAGAUCUGCUGUUGAAGUUUGCUGGUGGCAUUGCUGCAUUAUUUUUCAGUUUCCUUUAGUAAUCUGAGAUGACUUUAUUGUGUCUGGUUAUAUAGACUCAGUGCUUGAUGCAAUAUGGCUUACCUUCUGCUACACAAAUUCCACAGUCUGCCCAGCUACCUAUAAAUAACAUCUAAACAAGGAGAGUUAUCUUUGGUCACUGUCCUUCCCAAUUUUUCAGUUGAGACUUAAGAAAGUUCUUUUUUUAACAUAGGCACUAGAAGGAUCCUGGCUGUGUGCAUAUGAAAAAGGGCAUUCCCAAGCAACUAGGAUACCAUUCAUUUCAUACCCAAGGUGUACUCCACAUCUCAGCAGCUAGAAUUUGCACAGUUGUACUUUCCUUAUUUACCAGCUUGAACAUUGUGGUUCUGGCAUUUGUUGCUAAAGUUUGCUGCUGCUUUUGUUGAGGAUCCAGAGAUAAAUGUUCUCCCUUCACAAAAGUCCAAGAUAGCGAUUUCUGUUGUUGACAUUUGUAUGCUACAACUUCAAUGCUUCUUGAUGUUUCUUUUCAGAGAUCUGAUGUAUCUAGAUGUAAAAACCUGUUAGCCAAAACUAAUAGUAUAGCCCACAUACUACCGAAACAAUUAAAAAGCAAGAGGAUGUUGUUAAACUUCUCAGUGAUACUUUAAUUCCUGGCCACUUGAAAUGCCUUGUUUUCAGUGCAAAAAAGCAACAGAGAGAAAUAUAAGAUACAAAGCAGCCAGCUCCCACCUGUAUAAUUCCAGCCUGUGGAAACUGGAAAUCAGCCUUUUCUUAUCCCUGCCAUUCUUUCUUUUUAAAAAGUCAUUUAUAAUUUUCAGAUUUAUACAUUUCACUGAUUUUACAGUCAUUUUGACAUUUCAAAACUUGACUUCCUUCCCCCUCUUUCUGCGAUUCCUUAAAUUUAUUUUUAAUAUCUUUUGCGUAUCCAAAUUAACUUAAUUUGCUCAUUUAUUCAUCUUCUUUAAAUAUAUACUUUUAUGAAACUAUAGGCUAUUACAAUAAUCCUAACAAUGUUUUUAUCUGUUUACAAUUUAUCUAAAUAUUCAAUAAACCAUUUCCAUUCUUUUAUAAAAAGGUUAUCUUGAUUUCUUAUUCUUCCAGUAAGUUUCGCCAUUUCUACAUAUUCUAUAAGUUUUUGUAUCCAUUCUUCCUUUGCUGGGAAUACUACUUCUUUCCAUUUUGGGGCAAGUAACAUUCUUACUUCUGUAGUCACAUACAUGAAUAAGUUUCUGUACAGUUUAGGUAGUUCUGUCCCUGUAAUUCCCAAGAGAAAAUCUUCUGGUUUUUUACGAAUGUUAUUUUAAACAUCUUUUUCAUUUCAUUACAGUGGUACCUCGGGUUACAGACGCUGCUAACCCAGAAAUAGUACCUUGGGUUAAGAACUUUGCUUCAGGAUGAGAACAGAAAUCGUGCUCUGGCGGCGCGGCGGCAGCAGGAGGCCCCAUUAGCUAAAGUGGUACCUCAGGUUAAGAACAGUUUCAGGUUAAGAACGGACCUCCAGAACGAAUUAAGUCUUUAACCCGAGGUACCACUGUAUGUAUCAUUUCCCUGUACAGUGGACGCUCGGGUUGCGAACAUGAUCUGUGCGGAAUGCACAUUCACAACCCGCAGCGUCCGCAACCCACAGCAGCAUGUCGGCGCAUGCGCGGGUUGCGAUUUGGAGCGUCUGUGCAUGUGCAAAGCACAAUUUAGCACUUCUGCACAUGCGUGACCACCAAAACCCGGAAGAAACCCAUUCCGGUACUUUCGGGUUUCGGCGGUCCGCAACCUGAAAAAACACAACCUGAAGCAUCUGUAACCCAAGGUAUGACUGUAAGCCUUAACCGCAAUACAGUGGCUCUUGCAGUAGUUGUAUUACCGCUGUAAUUCUUGUUUAAUAAUAGAACUUGGAAGGCUAGACAAGCAAAUGUCACUAAGUAGAUCAGGUUAAUAAAUAUUUCUGAUUCUAUUGUCUUGCAUAAGUUGAAGGCUGUAAUGUGACUACCAGCACGCUUUGUGGUAGCACACCCCUUUUCCCAUUUCUCACGAGCUGUGACAACAAUGCAACAAAAAUGCUGACAUUACUAUUCUCUGUUUCUUCAGGAGAAUGCCAUUUAGUCAAAAGUGUCCCUUAAGCAUCUCAUUUUUGGGUCCCUGCUUCUAGUCUUUCCACAUUUACCUUCUGCCUUCAAGUUUCUGAACCAUUAACAAACUGAAUAGCGCUUUUAUCUUUUCUUAAUAUGUAAUAAUACAUAGUGACAACAUUUAAAUCAAGUGAUGGGGACCAUUGUAGAAUUCUCAAAUGUAUAGACUACGAUCCUCAGAAUUUACAAUUCAUAUUUUUAAAAAUUACAUUUUGUUAUAACAAAUUGUGAUUGCAAUCACAUAAAUAUAUCUAUUGGAUUGUAAUUAGUUCAAUUGAAACAACCAUAUAACAAAAUACUGAAGGCUUCUUGUAGGAAGGAAUUAGACAGUUUUCAUUGUGUAGCAUCUUUCUUUGGAUUGUGCAGUUAAAAUUAGCUAAGUGCCUUAUAUAAACCUCACAAUUCUCGCUAAUAUAUUCAGGAAGUGUGAAUUAAAUGACUUAAAAGCUAACUUCUCUUUUCCUCUUGUAGUCUAAAAUCUUUGUACCCAUCAUGAUUGCCACAAUGGCCUUUGCAAUAAAUUAGCUUACAGUUAAUCUUUCCCACUCCAAGCCUUACAACCUUUGCUUUUGAACUGGGCUUAUCCAAGUUUUUCUUUUGCCUUUGCAAAAAAGAAAGAAAGCAAUUUUCCACAUUAUAUCUCUACUGAUGCUAUUAUCAUGCCCCUGCAAAUUCUUCUUUGCUUUGUGUUUUCUGUGAUGUGACUUGUUUGUAAUUUUAACUGUAUACAUUUGUAAUAUGCAAAGCAUUUUUUUCUUUUUAAAAAUUGCUUUGUUUUUCCUGCCAACACUUGACCUUGAAGUCUGAGUCGUCUUAGUUUUCUCAGUGCUUACACUGUUUUCAUGAAGAAACUUUAAUGGGAUGAAUGCAGGCAAUUUAAACCACCCUUAAAAACAGAAACAAAACUGUUUGCAUUCUAAAGCAGUUAUUUUUCAUUGACUUUUUCUUAUUUAUUUAUUUAUCUAUUUAUUUAUUUUACUUUACUUUCUCCUGAACUGCUGUAUUGUACUGAAUAUCAUUUGGGUAACCGUAGCAGAUGUGGAAUUCAUAAUUGUGAAAGCUCAGCUUUCACAUUUACCGGUAGUUGUUGCUUUGUUUCUUAAACUGUGUUUCUGGUUCUUAUGGCUGUGAAAAAUAAACUUGAGAGCAUAGUGCCAGUCUUAACUCCACGCUGUCCUAAUGGUCCGAGGACAGGAUAAAUACAAGAAAGAAUAUGCUUAUAAGGGGCUAAAGGAAUUGUGCAUGUACCUAAUGAAAUAUAAUUUUCACUGUUGUUUCUGCAAUACAUCAGCAAAGGCAAUCUUAAUACUCAUCAGAGCCUUCGCUUGGCAGUUUGGGACCAUCAGCUGCACAUGUGAUUACCAAAUGUUCAUAGAAUCAGAAUUGUGUUGAGUUAGAAAGGGACCCCAAGGGUCAUCUAGCACAACCCCCUUACAGAUGGCUAUCCAACCUCUGCAAAAAAACCUCUAAGGAAGGAGAGCUCACAAGGUCCUGAGGGAGUCCGGUCCACUGUCAAACAGCUCUUACUGUCCGAAAGUUCUUCCUGAUGUUUAGUCGGAAUCUUCUUUCUUGUAAGUUUGACUCCUAUUGUUUGUACCUAUUGAAACUUACUUUGGGCCCAGUUCUCCAAUCUGUUAUGGUCAUUUUGAAUUCUGAAUCUGUGUAUAAGGUGACAUUACAGAAGUUUAUAAAAUUAUCCAUGGCAUGGAAAAGUGGAUAGGGAAGAGUUUUUAUCCAUCUCUAACAGCACAACUCAUGGACAUCCAAUUAAACUGAAUGUUGGAAGGUUCAGGGAAGAUAAAAAUACCGUAUUUUUUGCACUAUAACACUCACUUUUUUCCUCCUAGAAAGUAAGGGGAAAUGUCUGUGCGUGUUAUGGAGCGAAUGCCUACGGAUGGCAGGGGGAUCUGCUGCAGUCGUGAGCAGAGGAUCCAUGGUUCCCCUUCCUUCCCUCCUCCGUGGCUCGCUUUGAAACAGCAAAGCGGGAGAAGAGCCGCUGAGUGGGGAGGAGAGAGAGACAGAGACCCCGCUUCUUUAAAGGAGCAAAGCGGGAGAGGAGAGGAGCCGCUUACAUGAGUGUAAGCGGCUCCUGUCCGGUUGGUUCCUUUAAAGCAAGCAGGCUCUCUGUCCCUCUCUCCUCCCCACUCAGCUCGCUACAUAGCAGCAAAGUUUUUCAGCUCGCUAAGCCGGGGAUGAGCGGGGAGGAGGGGGAAAAGCAGAGCCUGCUUGCUUUAAAGGAUGCUUUAAAGUGGUGCAAAAACGUGGUUACAAAGCAUGGAUCCACAUGGAUCCUCAGGAUUUUUGCAUUGGGCUACUCCAAACUCACUGUCAGAUCACAUGUCUGUGGCCACAGCAUGAGCCACAAAAAACAUACAUCCACUGUUUCAUUUAGAAUAUUUUUUUUCUUGUUUUCCUCCUCUAAAAACUACGUGCGUGUUAUGGUCAGGUGCGUGUUAUAGAGCGAAAAAUACGGCAAAUACUUCUUCACACAGCACCCACAGGCGGCAGUGAUGGCCACCAACCUGUAGGACUAUAUGAUCAGACAAAUUCACGGAGGAGCUUACUAUGAUGUGCCUCCACAGCUGGAAGAAGGAGAGUUUGGAUUUGAUAUCCUGCUUUAUCACUACCCGAAGGAGUCUCAAAGCGGCUAACAUUCUCCUUUCCCUUCCUCCCCCACAACAAACACUCUGUGAGGUGAGUGAGGCUGAGAAGUGUGACUGGCCCAAGGUCACCCAGCAGCUGCAGGUGGAGGAGCGGAGACGCGAACCAGGUUCACCAGAUUACGACUCCACUGCUCUUAACCACUACACCAGCAAUGCAUCUGAAUACCAGUUGCUAGAAGCCACAGGAGACGAGUGAGCUUAGGCUUCCCACCUUUGUUCUGGCAAAAUACAGGACAGGGUAGGGCGGUGCAGUUGGGGGACAAUUUUUUAAAAAAUUCUGGUGCUGAAGUGACUUGAAAGCAACCCAUUACAAUCUAUUGCAACCUAACUGGAUUGCAUCUCUGGAAUUUGUCACACGCACACACACACACACACACACAAUGGAUUUUACGUUGAAUUUUACAUUUUACAUUGAAAUACAGGACAAUCCUGUGUUAUACAGGUGGCAACCCUAAGUCUGCUCUUGUGCUCGAAUCCUGCUUGCAGAUUUCCCACAUGCAUCUGGUUGGCCAUUGUGAGAACAGGAUACUGGCAUAUAUGAGCCAUUGGCAUGAUGCAUUAGGCUCUUUCUAUGUAGUUAAAUCUGAUUAGUCAACAAGGAGUCGAGUUCUUGCGGAGAUUAUGUUGCGAUAGUAGGAUGAGUAGCUUCCUGCUCACUGUUGGAAUAGCUGAGUCACCUCUCUCUCUCAGUAGGUACAAGGGGAAAUUUACUGUGCACUGAUGUUUGGCCAGAGUGUCAAACUAGCCUAGCAUGGUGAUGUUCACAUGCUAAUACAUGAUGCUUAACACUACUGUAAACAUCUCUAAUAAGAAAGUUGCUAGCAGUGUUAAUUUUGACUGAUUAGAGAGAACAUUUGCAAAUGCUUCCCUUCAUCCUUGCAACUCCCUGCCUUGCAGUGACAGAGGCCAAGCAGAGAAUGGUUGUGAUUUUAUUUUGAGCCCUUGGUGGGGUUAUAAUAUUGCUAGUUCUUUUCUUCAGCUGUCUGUGUCUGACAACAUGUGUCUGACUCUCAGCUGAUGGGAUUUUCAAAAGCUGUUUAAUAUGGAACUGUGUGUUUGGUUAAAAGAGUGACAUGAGAAAUCUCACCAGGUAUUUCUAAGGCUUUUGGCUGCAAUCCAGAAAGCUUUUUUGAAUGUACCCAACUAAGUCUGCAGUCAAACAAUAAGUAGGUUGGUUCAUUCUUUCCAUAAAAAUCAUAGCAUGUGCCUUUCCUCAAGCAAUCCAGAAAACAGUGUAAUUAAUGCUGACAAAAUUUUGAACAGUUUUUCAUAGAUCAUACACAUUACAUCGCAUAUGGUUUCUUAAAGUUUUCAAAACUAGAAAUAAUGAAGUUGUCACUGAUUUGUGAGAUUUUGUAUUUCAAGUUCAACUAAGUAAAUGUAAACUCUUCAUAUUCCUUUUAGAAAAUUAAUUCAAAAAUCCAUGAAGGGCUAUGUCAGCAUUGUAAGGAAGUCCUGGAAUGGCGUGUAAAAUUCAACAAAUACAAGCCACUAACACAACCUAAAAAAUGGUGAGUAAAUAUUGUUCCAUAGCUUACUGCUUUGCUGUUAUUACAUGUGCUCAGUGCAGACCAGUAUGUACUGAAGAUACUUGACUGUAUUCAGAUGUCAAGAUGACCCAAGGUGUGGACACAGCCACAGUCUUGUGAUUUCAUGAAAUAAAUUUAUGAGUAAUGAGGCAUGCUGAAGAAAUGUUGAUACAAAAGCCAUGCAAAGUAAAGACUGUCAUUAAAUUGGAGCUAUGGAACACUUCCUUAAAAUUAAUCUAGGUGAAUAGUCUUCAGUAGACUUUGAACUAUCUUAGACCUCCAUUGCUUGAAUAAUCAUUAGUUGCUCUUCCAUACAUUCAGAGACAAAUGAUGUAUGCAGGCAUGCAUGUAAAUAAGCUUCAUUUUUAAAUGAGAAGCAGCCUCAGGAGUCUGCAGUUUUGAGAAGGGCAAUGAUAGGAUAUGCAGGACCCUGCAUGGGGAGGAAACCGUUUUGAGAGGGAGAGAUUUAAGCACUCCCUUUCCAUUCACUUACAAUCAAGCCUGUCUGCUUUUCAUUAAUACAAAACAAAAAUCUGGGCUUUGUGACUUGUGUUUUUUGCUCAAUGUGUCAUUUGCUUCUCAGAAGGAGUAAUACCUUUGCAACACUAGGUGAUUCAUACAGAGGAACGCCUUGCAGUUAUAAACAAUCUUUGGGCUUGCCUUUGUUUUUGAAAGUGUUGUAUCACUCAAAGUCUCUAUUGCGAGGAGGAAAGGGUGUGUUUGAAACGACCUUUGUGACUAAGGCUGCUUUCUUAUGUACACUUCCAUAGGAGUGAGUCCUGCCAAACUCAUUGGGACUUACAAGGCAAUUUUAUGUUUAGAAGUGAGGGCUAUGUUUUGGUAGCACAAGUUUGAUGAAGUAGCAGAAUUUGAUAGAUAACUUUCAGAGUAAGCCAGUGGGCCUUGCUCAGUGUCACUGAGUUGGGAUUUAUACUGGACUGUUACCUUACUGUAGAGAAGAUGAGAACUACUGACUCCUGAAGAAACUGCCACUGAUACAGGGUAUAAGCAACAAGCAAAGCGUUCUUUGUGUUGGUUUGUCUUUUUAACAUUUUGUGCGUCUGGGGAAUAUGCAGCUGGAAAAUCUGCUUUAAAGAAGCCUUGUGCCAGGGAUGUAGAAUGUAAUGCAGGAGGGGGGAACCUUCUCUAACCCUUUGGGAAGAAAGGGGGUAUUACAUAUUGCAAAAUGAAGAAGAAAGAAACAAGCAAAACCCUCUCAUUCUCACAGGAUUUCAAAGCUUCUGAAAAUCAUUCAAACAUCUCUCUUACUCGGCUAUCUGAAAUUUGAAAGAUAUGCAGCGAUCUUUUGUAACAAACAGUCUGGUUAACCAUUUUAAUUCAACUUUUGUGUUCCUUUUAAUAGUGUCAAAUGUCUGAAGAAGACUGUAAAGGAUUCUUACCACAUCAUCUGCAAACUGUGUGCUCAUGAAUUAGAGCUAUGUGCUAAAUGUGGAAAGAAAGAAGAAAUUGUGAUUCCGUAAGCAUUUCACUUAACAUUUGUGUAUCCCAAUUUAUUUCACACAGGUGUUGGCAAACUUUGGUGUCCAGCCAGAAACAUUCUGAUGCCUGGACCUUCCUUGCCUAAUGGGCAGGCAGGAGCAAGUUCAAAGCCACAUCAGAAUCCAGGCUUGGACCAAGCUCCAAAGCUGGGAGGAAGUAUCAGGUUCCUCCUCACAGUGGCAGUGAAAGUUAAAUUGUCCAGCCUGCUUAUGCUGUGGAUUAUUUCGUGGUGUAUACCUUAGAUUUGAUGUGUGUAAUAAUCAUCUUAACUGGUCUUGGAGUAGCUUUGAAUGUGAGAUGGAAGGGGAAGGAAACGCAAGCAUCUGCCAUGCUCCAUGUGUCUUGUUUAUCAUGGCCAAAAUGCAGCUCUUGUGUCUUUUGGCAAAGUCUCCUUGUGCAGUGCAAAUGCUGUUCCUGCAUGUGAAGCAUCCCAUCUCUCUUUGGGCAGAAGUGUUGCAGUGCUGAUUGGAGAACUAAGUGUGGCCUCUUACGCCGCCGCCUCCUCAGCUUUUCAGUAAUGAUGACACUAAAUUUAGUAUUUAAAGCAUCUUUACCCUGCUCUUCACUCCUAUAGGCGCCAAGAGCAAUGUACAAAAGAUCAGUAAUGAACAAGGCAUCCCCUCCCCUAGGGCUUUCAAUCCAAAAGGCAGGAAGAGGAAGGAAGAGGAAAACUAACAAAGUCAGGCACCAGUUAUUGAAGUCACCAAAGUCUCAUAAUAACCAGCCUGAAUGGAAACUGUUUGAAGAGAGUGAGGGAACCAGAGGAAUCUGGUCUCUUAGUAGAGCCAACAGAGUGGCCUUGCUUCCUAGGUCUUUGUAUCCUGAUGGAAUGAUUGUUGCUAGACAGUUGUGGGAGAGGAGGAGGCAUCAACUUCAGUGCUUCCACAUGAGGAUGCCUAGGUUUGCCAUCUUAACCACAGGCUUGGACCCUUCCCUUUUCCAGUAAAGUGGCCAAAUGGUAAUUUGCUACAACAAAAUGGGGCACAUUGAUGAAACUGUACAAGUUUGGUUACAUAAAGGAGUUCCAUUAGUAAUGCAAAUGCUCACACCUUGGCUGCAUCUAUUUAUAUACAUGACUAGGCUGGAACUACCAGAGUUAACCUAAGUUUGUGGAAAUCAUUUUUAAGCACCUCACCAAGUGUUGAUUUUUAGCACAAUAGCUUUUAAAACGUGCUAUGGGUUUUUUCAGUAUAGUUGUUCUGAUAUGCAUCAAUUUUGCAACAGUCAGACAACAAUGUGUUACUGGAAAAAUGCUGUUUUCUUCCUAACUAGCAUAACUAUAGCAUUUUUACAGAAAUUGGUUAUAUGACUGAUAACUACCUGGAUGUGACCUCACUUGUAGUGAGCAAUCUCUUCUCUCUCACACAAAACACAUAAUAUCUGGGUCGUUUCAGGAACUCCUAUAUUCUUAAAUGCUUCCAGAUCUGGAGGCUAAUUGUUUCCAGUAAUAUUACAGCAGGGUCAGCACUUACCUAGGCAUUAAAAAAUAAACCAGGAGGAGAUACUGGUAUUCAGUGAUACGCUAUGUGAAUUGUGGGCACUCUCCUUUAAUGGCAUAUGAAAGCACAGCUCAAUUUUUUUUUAAUAACAAAAAAAAACCUUCCCAUUUUGGUCAACUACCUAUGAUUAAAACUGUUGCCCACAUGCGAACACUAAACAAAAUUUUAUUUCUUUAUUUAUUUCAUUUAGUAAAUUUUUCUGCUGCCCUUCUGCCAAGGAUCACAGGACAAUUAACAGUAUAAAAAACCCCAAAUGAAUAACAUAGUAACAAACAAAAACAGUUACCUCCCCCCAGAUUAAAAAGCCAUAGAUUGUUUAAUUAGCCAAAGACCUGGGAAAAGAGAAAUGUGCCUCACCAGGGAGAGCAUUCCACAAGUGGGGAGCCACCACAGAAAAGGCCACCCUCCAAAUCUCUUGCAGGCUGGUUCCCAUGGGGAGAGGUGGUCCUUGAGGUGCUGCGAUCCUGAGACAGAUAAAAAAUGGAUGACAAAUGCCUUAGAUGUGUCAAAUGAGGCUUCAUAGUUAAUACAUUAAACAGAAAAGAGAAACCGGACCUAGGUUAGACUAUAUAGGGCAGAACCGCUCUCUUCAUUACUCCCACACCAGCAGUUUCUCCUUGCUUCCCACGAAGCAUUACUGUGCUGUUCUGGCCAGCAUGACUGACAGGUUGAGGUUGCAUUACCCUCAUGGUCGGACCUGUCGACUGCAGUUGACUGGUUGAUUGCGGGGUUGAUCUUGGUCGAUCGGGGGCCGAGGCAGCCAGAGCACAGGAGGCUCCUCACCAGCCAUAAAGGCAACGGGAGCUGGGCGUGAAAGAUGCACGCGCACAACAAAGGCAGAAGGAGAAGCCGGCGGGAGGAGGAAGAGGGCAGAGGCGCACGCAGACGGAAAGGCAUGCUCUGUGUGUGUGUGUGUGUGUGAGAGAGAGAGAGAGAGAGAGAGAGAGAGAGAGAGAGUGCUGGUUGGGGGUGGGGUGGGGGAGAGAGAGGAGAAGCAUCGCCCAGAGCUCCGCAGCCCAUCUGCUUUGAGGGGGGAGGCGGGAUCAGGAUCGCCUGCACGGCUCCCUUUGACAAGGGCGGGGGGAGCAUCUGGCAUCAGGCGAAGCAGCCAGCGCCCACCCACCCUGUACCCAGCCCUGCCCCCUCAGGGGAAGCAGCCAGUGCCCAUCCAUCCCUGCCUCCUCAGGAGAAGGAGCCGGCGGUGCGCGCCCACCCACCCUGCACCCAUCCCUGGGUGGUAGAUAACUGCCAGUUUCUGUAGUGGAUCGUAGACCACAGGCUACUCCAAGUAGGACAUGCCUGCCCUAAACUAUGCCAUAUGGACCUACCCGGACCCUGAGAUCAUCUUCCGAGGCCCUCCUUUGUCUGCCGCCUCCUCAAGAGGUCCAGAGGGUGGCAACAUGAGAAUGGGCCUUCUCUGCAGUGGCUCCCCAUCUGUGGAAUGCUCUUCUCAGGGAAGUUCGCCUGGCACCUUCAUUGUACACCUUUAGGUGCCAGGCAAAAACGUUCCAUUUUAAUCAGGCCUUCGGUUGAUUUGGCUGAUAUCAAAAUGUGUUUUUUUAAGGGGGGGGAGGUUAUUGGGUGGUGGUUGUUUUUAUUUUGAUAUUGUAUUUUGUGGUUUUAUAUUUUGAUUUUAUUCUGUGAACUGCCCUGAGACCUGCGGGUAUAGGGCGGUAUAUUAAGUAAGCAAGCAAGCAAGUAAGUAAGUAAGUAAGUAAUUAAAUACGUAAGUAAAUAAAAAUAUUUGUAUGAAAUAUUUGUAUGAAAAGUCUCUUCUCCUCCUGCAUCAUAUCCCAGUUUCAAAAUUCAGGGAUGAAAGCUGGAGAAAUGAUACUUUGUGUAUUUUGUCAUAGGAUUCAGACAAGUCUAGAGAACACUGAGCAUGAACCUUCCAAAAACGAUCAAACAAGAAACAGAAAUGUUGAAUUUGAGGAAAGCCAUGAAUUGGACUUAAGUGGCGAGGAAGAUGAAGAUCUGGAUUUACUGGUGAAGAAAAUUAUAAACUUAAAGCCUGAAAGGACCUGAGUCUAAUUAUCUCUCCAGAGAGAAGAUUUGGGUACAAAUUCAAUUUCCAGCCAGGAGAUUGCUUAUUAUUGGACACUUUUGCAGUUUAAGGUUCAUGCUAUCGGGAAUAGUUAGCACAAACCUUAUGCCUGCAUUUUCUUAAAAUUUGUUAGAGAAUACUACCAUUUAAUAAACUUUUCUUUAAAAAUGGAUUAGAGUAAUUUUGUGCAUUCAAAUGAGUGUCUUCAUUGCUUGUUGAUUCCCCCGGGCGCCUGCCCCUUCGCCUUUCCCAAAACAUACUGUAGGUGACAGUGGAAGAAGCUCAGAUAGAUAAGCUAGGCACCAAAGACACCUGAAACCUCGGUUACAGUCGCCACAAUGGGAUGUCUAUUCACCAGUUGGUUGGACUGGAUGUCCCUUGAGGUCCCUUCCAAUGCUACGAUUCCACGAUCUCAACCACAUUGCUUGACUUUAGUCUGCUUUUACAACAAAUCACUUGUCCCAGUAUGCAAGGAGGAGACGCGCACACAGCAGGAAGGGAAAUGGUAUUGACAAUGGACUAAGUUUUUUAAACGGUGGUCUAUGAGCUCCAUUUGAGUGGUCUAUGGAAAGGCUGCAGCACAGUCAAAUAUACUCAGCCCUCCACUUACUUUCCUUGAUGAUGGAGGACUCAGAUGCCCAACAAGGGGUGCAUGAUUCGUGUGGCAGCACAGGCACAAGGCAGGUGUCUUUUGCUGCCCAUGAGUCGGCUCGCUCAGUGGAGAUGUCAGUUGCCAACUUGACACCCAGAAAUCUCUACGUAGUCACCAUUGGACCUGCACCUGGAGCAAAACAUGCCUGGUAAGUCAAGGGACUUCACUCUGCUCCUUCAGCUUUCUUCUCUGUUCUGACUAAAUCAACAAGGCCUUGUCUGAAUCAUUGUUGUUCCAUCUUUGUAUAUCUUUGUCAUUAGCAACCCUUUCUCUGCCCCAAUAAUCACUACUUUUAAAAAAUCAAGGCCUGCCAUAAGAAUGUAACAGUAACUCCACAGGAUUGAACCAAACGUUAAGCUAGUGCAGCAUCCUCCUUCCAACAAUGACAAAAAUAUGCUUCUGGGAAUCUCACAAUCAGCCUGAAAGAAACAGACCCGGCUUCCUACUGACCUCCCUGUCUGUCUCAUUUUCCUACCUGUCUUAUUAUUGGAAGAUCUCAGUGAGUGAAGUGGAAGAUAGAUCGUUCUCUGGUGCUAAGGAUGUAAAACAGAGUUCACCAAUGUGGCCCCACGGGCUCCUGCCCCUGGGGAGAUGGGUUUGAAAGCAGCCAUUGGUUGUAGCAAAUCAAAUGGUGUCUCCACUAAUCCAAAAAGGCUGGUGACCCCAUUGAAAGCCGUAGUGCCAAUGCCUGUUAGAAUAGCAGGCUUCCUGUCAUCAGCAUUUUGGACCACUGUGGAAAGAAUGUUUCUAAUCCUGAUGAAAGGGAAACAUUGGAAAGGACUUUUCUGGUAAUUAUUAAUAUCUAAUAACAUGACUCUCCUCACUCUUUUUGCCUAUGCUUUCAUUCUGUCCCUCACUGUCUCUCAACUGUCCUUCAACAUGCCACUUGUCCCUCCAUCCAACACUGUCCUGACCACCAUUUUUCUAUUCACUCUCACAGUAGAAGCUGCCAGAUGAGAAAUGGUCCUCCAGCCGCCACUUGGUUGGAAUGUUCAGGGGGGAAACUGGAGAGGAUUGUGGAAGCCACUUUCUGUUGGCUUACACUGUGCUGUGAGCUUGAAAGCACUGUUUUUGAUUGACCUUCAUAAGCAAUUAUUCUUUCUGACGUGUAUCUCAGAAAUGACAUCAUAGGUCAAGCAUUUUGAUGUUCUGUAUUUUAUUACUAAUAGCAUUUUCUCUUGUGUAGAAGAGCAGCCUUUACUACUGCUCUUUAAUACGGUGUUUGAUGGACAAUCAUUAAAGCAUAGGCUUUAAGCAUGUUAAAUUCAGCUUUCCUUUUAAAGCAGAUUAUUUCAAAAAUACAUUUUUUUGGUUACCUGAAAUAAUUACUGACUUAUCUAGACAUUGCUUCUUAUCACUUUACUGACAGCUUGUGUUCUUACAAAGAAGAAAGUGAGAGCAUCACCUAGUGAUCAGUUUCUGUAAUUGCUUUAAUUUCUAUUUUCACAGUUUGAAUUAAAAUAUUCAGACUUCUU